AGGCUUGACGGUGAGCGGGUGGCCCAACGCCAUGUAUGCAUCGCGUUUUAGGGUCGCCGAGCCGGAACAUUCUCAGGAGAUCUCAUGGGCAAACCGGUGCCACGUUUCGGUAACCUCGAUCCACCAUUGUACAUCACACUAGACACCUAAUCUCCGUCUCCCGCCAAAUACCCCUGGUCUGGGCCGCAGAACUAGCUCCCACUUUCGGAGCUUGUGACUACUACCUCCGCGCGGCCCCUCUCACUAAGGCAUUGGUGACCAUCCUGGAACAGUCCGGUGCACAGCAAGCCCGGACAGUACCCGAAUCAUUCUCCUGACAUCUCCCCCCACUGGCAUGCAUCCACAAACCUGGCACAUAGGGGAAACGUGUCAUGGGCAGCCGGCAUGGCAUCCGGCGGGGCCCAGCUGGUGGAACAGGGGGCCGGAUGCCGUAGGACCGACCCUCGAUCACAACCUAGGCGAUGUCAGACUCUAGAAGUCACCCCCUCGAGCCUACUGCGAAUACAUACUAUACUAGCUGCUCCGUCUUUGCUGUUCCAUGCGUCACUCGACCUCUCUAAGCCAUCACCAUCUACAUUUCACAGCGACCACAAGACCAGUCACAGCAUGUCCACAGAGCCAGAAGCACACAACUACCCUCUCCAUGAGAGCGUCCUCGGCCGGAUCGACCCCGAAUAUGCCGCCUUCUACAACAAGCACAUCUUCGACAAGCCGCAGGUGCACCUGCAGCCCAUCGCCGCGUCGCGGUCGAGCGGCAUCCUGAUCCCCGGCGCCGGGCCCCUGGUUCCCGUGGCCAAGACGGCCGACUACACGUUCCCGAGGCGCCACAGCGCCGGCCCGGACGUUAGGGUACGGGCCUUCACGCCCGAGGGCGCCAGGCCGGCCGCUGGGUGGCCCGUCUGCGUCUACUUCCAUGGCGGCGGCUGGGUGCUGGGGACGAUCGACACGGAAAACGUGGUGGCGACGAAUCUGGCGUCGCGGGGCGGCGCCGUGGUCGUGACGACCGACUACCGGCUCGCGCCCGAGUACCCGUUCCCGGCCGCCGUCGACGACUGCUGGGAGGCGGUGCAGUGGGUGCUGGGCGAGGGCAAGGACGUGCUAGAGCUCGACACGACCCGGCUCGCUACGGGCGGCUCUUCGGCCGGUGGCAACCUCGCGGCCGUUAUGUGCCAGCGCGCGGUGGCGCGGCCCGGGCACCCGCGGUUCAAGCUGCAGCUGCUAUCGGUGCCUGUGGCCGAUAACACGGCCGACGUGGACAACAACGCGUCCUGGCGCGAGAACAAGCUCACGCCGGCGCUGCCGGCGGAGAAGAUGCUGUGGUACCGCAGGCACUACCUCCCAGACCGCGCCGACUGGGCCCACCCCGAGGCCAGCCCGCUGCUCUGGACCGGCGACUGGGCGGCGCUGCCGCCGGCCGUCAUUGUGGCCGGCGAGCUGGACGUGCUGCGCGACGAGGGAGUGGCCUUCGGCGAGAGGCUGCGCGCGGCCGGGGUCAGGGCCGACGUGCACGUGCUCAAGGGCCAGCCGCACCCGUUCCUGGCCAUGGACGGCGUGCUCGAGGCGGGCAGGCAGGCCAUCACGUACUUUUGCGACGCCCUGCGCACGAUGGUGUGAGGUUGGCCGGGGUAUAUUGGCCAUCUCAUUUAGAUGGCGCAGAGCAGCGUGUUACGAGCCCAAGGUGAAUUAAAUUGGACUUUUACAAUAAAAUAUUCCGCUCUUGUCUCUCUCUCUCUCCAUGAAUUUAUCAAAUAAUGCGUCCCACCUAAUGCCGGACUAAUGAACGAAUAACCGUUCAGUUCCCAAGCCCGU